AUGGUGAAGAGAUUGGGGUUGACCGAGGUGAAGCACCCCAAGCCGUAUCGUUUGCAGUGGCUGAAUAAGACCGGUGUCAUCAAGGUUACGAGACAAGUGAAGGUUCCUUUUCACAUUGGGAAGUAUGAGGAUGAGGUGUUAUGUGAUGUGAUUCCCAUGCAAGCGAGCCACAUAUUGUUGGGGCGUCUGUGGCAGUUUGAUCGACGCGUUACUCAUGAUGGCUUCACCAACAAAUAUUCCUUUGAGUAUAAGCAGAAGAAGGUGUCACUUGUUCCUCUUAGGCCUAAACAAGUUUAUGAAGAUCAAGUACAAUUGCAAAACGAGGUGGAGAAGGUGAAGUCCAAGGAGCAUCCCAUAGAGAAAAAGGAGAAUGGGUUGAUUCAUAAGUCCUUUCUUGGAAGGGCUAGUGAAUUGAAGUGGGCCAUGAAGGAGGAGAGGCCGAUCAUUGAGUUUGAUGAUGUCUUUCCCAAAGAUACACCUGCUGGUUUACCACCAAUUCGAGGGAUUGAGCAUUAG